GGCUGCUCGCGUCCCUGGUAAUCAGCAGCGCCGCGCGGGAACCCUGCGAAUGGCGGGAGAGUCUCUGUCAAUAUGGGCAUCAGAGAAGCCUAUGAUGUGGGUGCUCCCUUCUCAUCUUCUGACUCCAUUGGACUCUGACCCCAACUGGUGACACCACAGGAGACUUCGAUGAGCAGGACUGCCUGUCCCACCAUGCCUCGGGGAACCGCCCUGCUUUGGAAGCCGGGUCCAGGGUUGGCAUGAGAGGAAGUUUUCAGCUCAGCCAACUGGUGGCUCCAUUCCAUUCCCUGCAAAUAGAAGGAGAGUUGUGAAGGAAAGUCUCAUAUGCCUUUUCGUUCCUCCCUGCAGGGAGAACAGAUGUCUUUCGAGGGUGCCAGGCUCAGCAUGAGGAGCAGAAGGAACGGCACGCUGGACAGCACGCGGACCCUGUACUCCAGCAUGUCCCGGAGCACGGACGUGUCCUACAGCGAGAGCGAAUUGGUGAAUUUUAUUGAAGCAAAUUUUAAGAAAAGGGAGUGUGUCUUCUUUACCAAAGACUCUAAGGCCACGGAAAAUGUGUGCAAGUGUGGCUAUGCCCAGAGCCAGCACAUUGAAGGCACUCAGAUCAACCAGAACGAGAAAUGGAAUUACAAGAAACACACCAAGGAGUUUCCGACUGAUGCCUUUGGGGAUAUUCAGUUUGAGACUCUGGGGAAGAAAGGGAAGUAUAUUCGAUUGUCCUGCGACACUGACGCAGAAAUCUUGUACGAGCUACUGACCCAGCACUGGCACCUGAAAACGCCCAACCUUGUGAUUUCUGUGACCGGAGGUGCCAAAAACUUCGCCCUGAAGCCACGCAUGCGCAAGAUCUUCAGCCGCCUGAUCUACAUCGCUCAGUCCAAAGGCGCUUGGAUUCUCACCGGAGGCACCCAUUAUGGCCUGAUGAAGUUCAUCGGGGAGGUGGUGAGAGACAACACCAUCAGCAGGAAUUCAGAGGAGAACAUUGUGGCCAUUGGCAUAGCGGCUUGGGGCAUGGUCUCCAACAGGGACACCCUCAUCAGGAAUUGUGAUGUUGAGGGCUACUUUUCAGCUCAGUACAUUAUGGACGACUUCAAGAGGGACCCUCUGUACAUCCUGGACAACAAUCACACCCACCUGCUGCUGGUGGACAAUGGCUGCCACGGGCAUCCCACAGUGGAGGCGAAGCUCCGGAACCAGCUGGAGAAGUACAUCUCUGAACGCACCAUUCAAGAUUCCAACUAUGGUGGCAAGGUCCCCAUUGUGUGCUUUGCCCAAGGAGGCGGAAGAGAGACUUUAAAAGCCAUCAACACCUCCAUCAAGAGUAAGAUUCCCUGUGUGGUGGUAGAGGGCUCGGGGCAGAUUGCUGAUGUGAUCGCAAGCCUGGUGGAGCUGGAGGACACCCUGACCUCUUCCAUUGUCAAGGAAAAGUUGGUGCGCUUCUUACCCCGCACCGUGUCCCGUCUGCAUGAGGAGGAAACCGAGAGCUGGAUCAAAUGGCUCAAAGAAAUUCUCGAAAGUUCUCACCUGUUAACAGUUAUUAAAAUGGAAGAGGCUGGGGAUGAAAUUGUGAGCAACGCUAUUUCCUAUGCUUUGUACAAAGCCUUUAGCACCAACAAGCAGGACAACUGGAACGGGCAGCUGAAGCUGCUGCUGGAGUGGAACCAGCUGGACCUGGCCAACGAUGAGAUUUUCACCAACGACUGCCGCUGGGAGUCCGCCGACCUUCGGGAGGUCAUGUUCAUGGCUCUCAUAAAGGACAGGCCCAAGUUUGUCCGCCUUUUCCUGGAGAACGGCCUGAACCUGCGGAAGUUUCUCACUAGCGACGUCCUCACCGAGCUCUUCUCCAAUCACUUCAGCACCCUCGUCUAUCGGAACCUGCAGAUCGCCAAGAAUUCCUACAACGACACCCUCCUCACAUUCGUCUGGAAACUGGUGGCCAACUUCCGGAGGAGUUCCAGGAAGGAAGACAGAAGCAGCAGGGACGAGACAGACGUAGAACUUCACGACGUGUCUCCUAUUACUCGGCACCCCCUUCAAGCGCUCUUCAUCUGGGCCAUCCUGCAGAACAAGAAGGAGCUCUCCAAAGUCAUCUGGGAGCAGACCAGGGGCUGCACCCUGGCGGCCCUGGGAGCCAGCAAGCUCCUGAAGACUCUGGCCAAGGUGAAGAGCGACAUCAAUGCUGCUGGGGAGUCUGAGGAGCUGGCCAAUGAGUAUGAGACGCGCGCAGUGGAGCUCUUCACGGAGUGUUACAGCAGUGACGAAGACUUGGCUGAGCAGCUGCUGGUCUACUCAUGUGAGGCCUGGGGGGGAAGCAACUGUUUGGAACUGGCGGUGGAGGCAACGGACCAGCACUUCAUCGCCCAGCCUGGGGUCCAGAAUUUCCUUUCCAAACAGUGGUAUGGGGAGAUCUCCCGAGACACCAAGAACUGGAAGAUUAUCCUGUGUCUAUUUAUCAUACCCUUGGUUGGCUGUGGCUUUGUAUCAUUUAGGAAGAAGCCGGUGGACAGGCACCGGAAGCUCCUGUGGUACUACGUGGCCUUCUUCACCUCCCCCUUUGUGGUCUUCUCCUGGAACGUGAUCUUCUACAUCGCCUUCCUCCUGCUCUUCGCCUACGUGCUGCUCAUGGAUUUUCACUCGGUGCCACACUUGCCCGAGCUGGUCCUCUACGCGCUGGUCUUUGUCCUGUUCUGCGAUGAAGUGAGACAGUGGUACAUGAAUGGGAUGAAUUAUUUUACCGACCUGUGGAACGUUAUGGACACACUUGGCCUUUUUUAUUUCAUCGCAGGAAUUGCAUUUCGGCUCCACUCUUCCAACAAAGCCUCUCUGUACUCCGGACGAGUCAUUUUUUGCCUGGAUUAUAUUAUAUUCACUCUAAGGUUGAUCCACAUUUUUACUGUCAGCAGAAAUUUAGGACCCAAGAUUAUAAUGCUGCAGAGGAUGCUGAUCGACGUGUUCUUCUUCCUGUUCCUCUUUGCUGUGUGGAUGAUGGCCUUCGGCGUGGCCAGGCAAGGGAUCCUCCGGCAAAAUGAGCAUCGCUGGAGGUGGAUCUUCCGCUCGGUCAUCUAUGAGCCCUACCUGGCCAUGUUUGGCCAGGUGCCCAGUGAUGUGGAUGGAACCACGUAUGACUUUUCCCAUUGCACAUUCACUGGGAACGAAUCCAAGCCUCUGUGUGUGGAGCUGGAUGAGCACAACCUACCGCGGUUCCCUGAGUGGAUCACCAUCCCGCUUGUGUGCAUCUACAUGCUGUCCACCAACAUCCUGCUGGUCAACCUGCUGGUCGCCAUGUUCGGCUACACCGUGGGCACCGUCCAGGAGAACAACGACCAGGUCUGGAAGUUCCAGCGGUAUUUCCUGGUGCAGGAGUACUGCAACCGCCUCAACAUCCCCUUCCCCUUCGUCGUCUUCGCCUACUUCUACAUGGUGGUGAAGAAGUGCUUCAAGUGCUGCUGUAAGGAGAAGCCCAUGGAGCCCUUGUCCUGCUGUUUCAAAAAUGAAGACAAUGAGACUCUGGCAUGGGAGGGCGUCAUGAAAGAAAAUUACCUUGUCAAGACCAACACGAAAGCCAACGACGCCUCAGAGGAAAUGAGGCAUCGGUUUAGACAGCUGGAUGCAAAGCUUAAUGAUCUCAAGGGUCUUCUGAAAGAGAUUGCUAAUAAAAUCAAAUAAAACUCAUGGACCGUAAUGGAGAAAAUUCUAAUAAUAACAAGACCUCUGAGUGGAAAAGACAUAAGGAGGCUGACGAACCUCUUUGUUACUGAAUGAGAACUGCUCAGCUGGGGGUCUUGAGCACCCAUGUGCUUGAACCUGAAGAUGAGACGUGUGACGGACUUCACCGGAGAAGGUGGAGAUGAAGGAAGACCACCCUUAUAGUGCUCCCCUGAAGGCUGCCCGUUACCUCGGGGCCUCGGUGACCAGCACUUGCUGUUGAUGGUUUCAAAGUCUGCUCCCUCCUUCUGCCUAUACUCCCACUUUGGCCAUGCCUGUCCUAGGAGAACAUGCCUCCUCAGAAUACGAGCCUGGCCAUGCUUUCCCUCUAUGUCUAUCUGUGUGGCUACUUCGUUGAUCUCCAAUCAAUUCUCUGUUAUUUUCCUUUUUGUAUCAUGUGACUGAUUCGUUGGCAUAUUGUGAAAAGUCUCCCAAAUCAGGUCACAUUUUAAAACAUGCUGUUGAGGGAGAGCCCACUCUUCCCAGGAGAAACUAUUUCCUCGCCUCAUUCAGCUUUUUAUCUCAAAGGAGGCGGCAAAGCUGCACCCUUCCCUCUCACUCACCUGAAGCUCCAGCCACAGGAAGCACCCCGUUCCUGACAAUGUGCAAAUCACCCCAACAUGGAGCUUUGAGAGGCACCUCUGCUUUUCAUUGGCUGCUCCUCUCUCUCCUCUUAUUUAUUAUUUUCCCAUUAAAAAUAAUUUGUGGGUAUUAUAGAAAAUUUAGACUACAUGAAAAAGUAGGAAAAAUAUAAAUAAUCCCACUACCUAAAGAUAAUCACUGCUACCAUUUCAGGAGGCUUCUCCAAGUCUGUUCCUAUGCAUGUUUUAUCUCUCUUUUAAAAUUUUACACAAUGUCAUUAUGCCAUAUAUACAAUUUCAUAUAAGCUUUUAUCAAAGAUGUUUUCUUAUAGCUGUGGCCUUCUUAAACACUACAUUAAUAAUUGCAUAAUAUUUAGCCUCUAAAGAGUUCCACAGUGCCGGUCGGUUCCAGUCGGUCAGUGGGAUGAGCAUCUCUGUGCGUAAAUCUUUCUACCACUGUGGAAAUUUCCCACAGCUAGAUUCCCACAAAUAUGUAUUGAUGAUCAAACCACUUACAAGGCUUUUUCAUAAAUGCACAGCCAAUAGGGACUAUUAACUUGAGUAUAAGAUAGGAGAUAUAUGAACCUAGAGCUCUUAACAUGAAAUAUUAUAUUUAAUCUUUAGUUUAGGAAGAAGCCAACGUGCUUAUUUAAAUAUUACGCAUGGUGAAGGCAUUCGUAGAGAAUUGGCGAGAAUAUCUUAUUGAACAAGCCUGGUCCCAGCUUUCUCUGGAACAGGUGGCAUCUUCACCCCAAAGAGAUGGGCUGCAGUACAUAAGGCAUUCCAAAUGCCCAUAGUUAGUUUCCUCAGCUUUGAAUAGACUAUAAACUCAGUGGCCAAAGAAGAAAAUCUUAGAAGGAAACUAUUAAAAGAUAAUCUAAUUAGAAAAACUACAAAAGCAUGAACCAAAUGAAAAAAAACAAAAACUGUUUUCCUUUUGUCUGGGCAGCAUACUUAAAAUGACUCCUCACAGCAUUCAUGCUGCUUGCAGGAAGGAGCACAAAUAACAGCAGUCUUUGUACUUCAAUCCCAUUAAUGGCCUAAAAGGGAAUCUUUGUCAGUAGGGUCGAUCAAUUCAUGGUUUUGGACACUGAAAAUAGAUGGGAUCAAAUUUACAUGACAAACAUUGUCAGUGAAUGGCAUUUGGGAGAUGUCUCUGUGAGAGAAUGCCACUUUCAUUUCACCAUAGCAACUAGAACCUCUGCCUUUUCUGAAGCCACAGAGAGGAGGCUUAUGUCAUCUCCACACUAACCGGAACAAUAAAGCACACAGCACUGCAUAUGCUCGUGUAGAGAGAACCCACAGUCCCAGGCCCAUACCCUCAAUUCAAGUAGGAACUUUGAAUA